AUGAGGUGUAUAGUGAGGAUUUGGCGGCGUCGUUCUCGAACUGGGUCCUGGGAGAAUCAAAUUCAUCGUUAUGAUACCUCUUCCGUCAAACAUAUCUAUGCCGUUGAACCUAACCUCCACUUUAGAGACGCUAUAUAUGUCAACUUGAACAAGCAUGGCCUGCGGGACAGAUGUACGCUUAUAGCUUAUGGCGUUAAAGAUAGCGAUGUUCUGAGAGCAGAGGGAAUCACAGAGAGGGCUGCUGUGUGCCGUAAAGGAUCCAAACGACGUGAUAAAGGAGGCGUGGAAGCUGCUCAAACCUGGAGGCAAGUUUAUAUUCUGGGAGCACGGAUGCAGCAGGAAUCGCUUGACGAGUGUAGCGCAAGCCUGCUGGAGUCCUACAUGGAGCACAAUUGUCGGAUGACCCUUGACCCGGAACGUGUUGGCGGACAUCCUCAACAGUGGAGUGUGGGAAAAUCCGAACGAGAUCGAAGAACCUGA